AUGGGCGAGUCGCGCGGCAUUGCACUUCAGCGACUAAAUGGCUUAGAACGAAGAUUGGCGAAAGAUCCAGAUUUGCGAAAUCAAUAUAACCAGUUCAUGGAGGAGUACGUGGACCUAGGGCACAUGCGUAGGGCGUAUGUGGGCCCAGAGAAGCGUUGUUAUCUACCACACCACCCAGUCAUCAAACAGGCGAGCACAACAACCAAGGUUCGAGUGGUAUUUGAUGCAUCGUGUAAGAGCAGCAGUGGCGUUUCUCUGAACGAGGCACUCCUGGCAGCACCGGUAAUCCAAGACGAGCUGCGAGCUCUCAUCAUGCGUUGCCGAAUGAAGCAAAUAAUGAUUGUUGCAGAUGUCGAGAAAAUGUUCCGACAAAUAGGCAUCGAUAGAGCAGACAUGCCGCUGCAAAGUAUUCUGUGGAGAAAGGAUCCAUCGAAGGACGUAGAAACGUUUGAACUCACCACUGUCACAUAUGGAACAAAACCGGCACCGUUUCUCGCCACCAGAACUCUGAAACAGUUGGCCACAGAUGAGCAGCAGUCGUACCCACUGGGAUCCAAGGCAAUCAUGGAAGACGUUUAUAUGGAUGACGUUUUGACGGGUACCGAUAAUGAAGAAGCGGCUUCAACACUUUGCGAACAAUUAAUAAGUUUAACGAAAAGCGGUGGGUUUCGAUUAAGAAAGUUCGCAUCCAAUUCGCCAACGGCCUUGCAAUCAAUAGAUGAAGAAGACCUUGCGUUGCCACAGACGGAGGAAAUACAACUAGAUCCAGACCCUGCAGUUAAAACCCUAGGACUUGUGUGGCAACCUCGAACCGACAUUCUGCGCUUCAACUUCACCAUACUGGGUACCCCGGAAAACGAAAGGCUAACAAAACGUAAGAUUCUGUCGGCAAUCGCAAUGUUGUUCGAUCCGCUUGGUAUGGUAGGAGCUGUAACCACAACUGCCAAAAUUUGUAUGCAGAAGCUGUGGAAAUUAAACGAGAACGGAGAAGGGCUUAACUGGGAUCAUCCAGUUCCAGUUGAAAUCGAACGGGAAUGGCGUGAAUUUCACCGGCAGCUUCACUUGAUGAACGAGUUGAAAAUUCAGCGUUGUGCAGUCAUUCCGAACUGGGUUAAGAUGGAGUUACAUUUCUUCUCGGACGCAUCGGAGAAGGCGUAUGGUGCCUGCGCAUACAUCAAGAGCAUCGAUGCUCAGGGAAAGAUUUUUGUGCAUCUGCUGACGUCGAAAUCAAAGGUCGCGCCUUUAAAAUGCCAGUCGAUACCCAGAUUGGAGUUAUGCGGAGCACUUUUAUCGGCUGAAUUAUCCUGCAAGGUACGAGAGGCGUUGAAGGUUGAAACGGAGAUGUUUUUCUGGACGGAUUCAACUUGCGUGCUGCAGUGGUUGAAGUCGAUUCCUACAACGUGGGCUACAUUCGUUGCAAACCGUGUAGCAAAAAUCCAAUCUGCUACGGAGAACUGUGCUUGGAGACAUGUUCCAGGGGUACAGAAUCCAGCAGAUCUAAUUUCCCGUGGUGUACAUCCCGAUCAGAUCCAGGAGAGCAAGCUGUGGUGGAACGGUCCCGAAUGGCUGCUGCAGAAUUAUUAUCCGGAACAACCUAGCAGCUUUUGCACUGAGGGAGCAGAUGCAGAAGUUCGACAUGUUGCAGUGAACCUGACAACAAGACAGCCCGAUUUUGGAGUGGAAUACGUCAGCAAGUUCUCGUCGUUCAACAAGCUUAUACGCAGCACCGCCUACUGGAUGCGCCUGAUGCGUAUUUUGAAGAAAAAUGAAACCAAUCCCAAAGGUCUUCUAACUGUAGCGGAACUUAGAGAUGCCGAAUACGCCGUAAUCCGCCGAAUACAGCAGGAGUCGUUCCCUGAAGAUUGGAAGUGCCUUGUCGAAGGAAAGGAGGUUCACGGAAGUUCGCCCCUAAGAUGGUUUGUUCCUCGAAUUUCUUCGGAGAACUUAAUACGAGUUGGUGGACGAUUGGGGGAAUCGGAGGAGUCAGAAGAUACCAAACACCCAAUAGUUUUACCAGCAAAACACCCUUUUACAAUUAUGUUAUACGAGCACUAUCAUCAGAAGUUGAUGCACGCAGGAUCGCAGUUGUUGCUUAGUUCCGUUCGAUUGAAGUAUUGGCCACUUGGAGGUCGGAAUGUUCCUCGGCAGAUUAUACACAACUGUAAACAGUGUUUCCGCUCCAAGCCUAGCCCUAUCCAGCAGUUCAUGGGUGAACUACCGUUGGCUCGUGUCACGAGAUCCAGACCUUUUUCCAAGAGCGGAGUGGACUACUUCGGACCAGUAUAUGUUCGCUUAGCUCCAAGACGACCAGCAACCAAGGCCUACGUUGCUGUUUUCGUCUGUUUAUGCACGAAGGCAGUACACCUCGAACUAGUUUCAGACCUAUCGACGGACCGUUUCCUCCAAGCAUUACGUCGUUUUAUUGGAAGAAGAGGGUAUUGUUCCGACAUAUACUCGGACAAUGGUACCAACUUCGUAGGAGCUCGAAAUUUUCUACGGGAAUUGUUGAAACUUUUGCGUACCAGCCAACAUCAGGAGAAGGUAUCAAGGGAGUGCGUUAACAAUCAAAUUCAAUGGCAUUUCAUUCCACCGGCUGCCCCUCAUUUUGGAGGACUAUGGGAAGCUGCGGUCAGAUCGGCCAAGAAGCAUCUGCUGAAGGUUCUCGGAGAAAACGCUGUCCCUUUUGAAGAUAUGACCACGUUUCUAGUGCAAGUGGAAAAUUGUUUGAACUCAAGACCAAUCACUGCGUUGACUGAUGACCCAAGUAACCUUCAACCACUUACGCCUGGUCAUUUUUUGGUUGGGGAAGCAUUGCAACAACUACCGGAAAGGGACUAUAAGGAGGUACCGAUGAAUCGGCUAAAUCAGAGCCAAGUGCUGCAGAAAAAGCUUCAGCAUUUUUGGGACAGAUGGAGAGUAGAGUAUCUCACACAGCUGCAAGGACGUUACAAGAGAUGGAGAUCGCCGGUUGAGAUAUCUGUUGGGAGACUUGUCAUCAUAAAGGACCAUAAUCUUCCACCAUCGCGUUGGAAAAUGGGCCGUGUUGAAGAGCUGCAUCCAGGAUCGGACGGCGUUGUGAGGGUAGUAUCUCUCAAAACUGUAACCGGACCUUCGACGCGACCAGUUGAAAAACUCUGCAUAUUGCCAGAAGCAUUCCAGCCUCAAGAUCACCGACGUUCCCUUGAAAACCAGACAGAUCAGACCACCCCCUUGUGUUCGUGA